AUGGCCGACGCAGAAAUGGAAAUCGAUCAGCCUGAGCAGCAGGAGCAGCAGGAGCAGCAGGAACAACAAGAGCCCACAUCUGCCGACCCCAAAGCCAGUGACGCGCGCACCGGCGCCGGCGCGACAGCCGUCCGCUCCAUUGAGGGCUGGAUCAUCAUUGUCACGAAUGUACACGAAGAGGCGACCGAGGAGGACCUGCAGGAUAUGUUUGGCGAGUUUGGCACCAUCAAGAACUUGCAUAUGAACCUGGAUCGGAGGACGGGUUAUGUAAAGGGCUACGUUCUCAUCGAAUACCCAACACUCGACGAGGCAAAGGCUGCGAUCAAGGGCGCGCAUGACGAGGAACUGCUUGAGCAGAAGAUCACGGUCGAUUUUGCCUUUGUACGACCACCGCCCGCUGGAAAAGGGCGCCCACGCGAUCACGACAAGAGACAGAGUGGACGAGGUUCAGGGAGAGCGAGGAGCAGGAGUCCUGGCCGCGACGGGGAAGAGAUGGAUGACUAA